GGACUACAUCGAGAAAGCGAAGGUGCCAGUUCAAUCAGUGGAGCUCUUACCUGGUACCCCAGCUCGAGUGCGCACAGAUAUCGACGUCGCAAGGCUGAACUACUUGAACUUAAGGAUGGCGAUGGUUUUACUUAGCAUCCUUGCUUUUGUAGCCGAACUGAACAACUUUAACUGCAGGUCGUGGUUUAGUAUCUUUAGUCUAGAAGAACAUGAAUUCUAGUUGUCACUCCUGUGCAACUCUAGUGGGCCAAAUUCAACGUGUAGGAUCUCAAUUUGUUGUAGCCAUCUUGAAGAUGCAAUGAAUUGCUAAUGCUAGGUAUGCACUUCGCCGGAUUCCAUCCUCAUCCUCACCACCAUCAUCCUCCUCAUCACCAUCCUCAUCCCCAUCACCAUCCUCCUCAUCAUCCUCAUCAACAUCCCCAUCAUCAUCCUCGCCAUCAUCACCCUCAUCACCAUCGUCACCAUCAUCACCAUCAUCACCAUCAUCACCAUCAUCACCAUCAUCACCAUCAUCACCAUCAUCACCAUCAUCACCAUCAGCACCAUCAGCACCAUCAGCACCAUCACCCCCAUCACCCCCAUCACCCUCAUCAUCCUCCUCAUCUAAUCAAUGGCGUUCGGCAAGGUCUAGGCUUCAACGACAAAGAGUUGGAGUCUGAGUACGCUUCCUUGAUGGACUCGUUGGACGACAAGCGAACAGCCGAUGACGGAGGCCCCGACUUUACUAAGUCCUACUGUUAUGAAGAAAAUAUUAGUACGCAGUGAGCAGUAGUACAACCUAGAAGUAGUACCGUAGUUGUCGUAAUUGUAGUAGAAUCAAUUUAUAAGAGCCGUCUAGUAGUUGCAGUUAGAAGUACCACGAACUAAGUGGUCAACAUGGUAAUAGUAGUACAACCUAGAAGUAAGUAGCAGUACUGCCUUUGUUGUAAGAACGUCACGGGGACGUAGAACGAACCUAGAAUAGAAGUAGUACCGUAGUAAUACACAGUAGUUGUACAACCUACAAGCAGUAUCGUGGACGUAGUUGUAGGAACGUCAAGGGGAAAGAAAAUAAUAGAAGCGGCCAGAAAGUAAUACAUAAUUUGAUACCAAAAUCUGUUAUUAUUAUCAUACUUUUCUACGUAAGGAACUUGAUAAUGAUAACAGAUUUUCGCGUCAUGCCUAGAAUAGAAGUAGUGCGGUAGUUGUAGAAGUACGCGCGUGGUCAUGGUCAUACUAAUGCCUAGAAGUAGAACAACUGCCGUAGUUGUAAGAACGUCGAAGUGGGGCAACGGAUACGGAAACUAACUACUGCGCCUUAAUCUGUGAAGAACAGUAGUAUCUUGUAAUGGGAAAAUAUUCAUAUUGAUAUAUUAUCCAGGGCUGCACGGCCGCCCCCCCUCCCCCCCCUGUGGUCUGGUCUGUGGUGGCGCGCCCGCGCGCUUUUCCGCGCGGAUUUUUCGCGGAUUCUAGUGUUGGGAGGCGUCAAAACUUGGCGCCUUCCUCCCCUUGGGCCUCUCAGCGUGUUCCAAAGGGCCACGGUCGCAGGCAAGCCGAUGACCAAGGGCCCGGAGGGUUCAAGCGGCACGGCUCAGGGGGUCCAGCCUUUCGCCUUUUGCCGUCUUCGGAGGCCUUCCGCUGCCGGUGCACUGCUGCUACCGGACCCCUCCAGUCUGUGGGGUACAUGCAAACGAGAAGGAGGCAGCGAGCCCCUUGGCCUCCCUUGAGGCCUUCCACCUACGUCGGAGGCCUCUGCGGGACAGCCAGGCAGCUGGGAGGAAGCGGAGGCAGCCACUUGGCCUCCUCUUGAGGCCUUCCUCCUUUGGCGAAGGCCUCUACAGGACAGCCAAGCAGCUGGGAGGAAGCGGGGGCAGCCACUUGGGGUUGGGCUCCUCUUGAGGCCUUCCGCCGGUGCACUGCUGCCAUCUAGCCCCUUCAAGUUUGUAGGGUACACGCAAACGAGAAGGAGGCAGCGAGCCUCUUGGCCCCCCUUGAGGCCUUCCACCUACGUCGGAGGCCUCGGCGGGACAGCCAAGCAGCGGGGAGGAAGCGGCGGCGGCCUCCCUUGAGGCCCUCCUCAGGCUUUCCACCUACGUCUGAGGCCUCUAGGGGACCCCAGGCUCCUGGAAGGGGACAGGGGGGGGGUGUCGCCCCGCGCCCUGGAACAUAUAUGUAUAUCACGAACGUUGUAAUUGGAAAAUAUUGAUACUGCAGCAACGUCAAGAAGAAAGCGACUAUACCUUCUAAUUCUAUGAAUCAAGAAACCAAGGACAAGCUUAGUGAAGGAAGUAAACCUACUUAUACCCAUAUAACUAGUAGAAGGAAGUAAGCCUAUGCAUAGUAGAAUAAUGAAGAUCGCCCGGAACACCUUACCUCAUGCGUAGAAGAGGAGCACAAGCUCAAAAAAUAUGCACGAACUUGUAAGUUCUAUCGGCCUUGGGCGCUAUGUCUAUUGGACUUGGAUGGAUCGGAUGGAACCCCCUAAGCCUUCUGAUCCUACUUGAAAUGGUGGGAAGUCCAUCCGUUCCAUCCCAUCCUGGCACCCCCCUAUAAAUCAUUCUAGUAUAGAACUAGCACAGUACUAGCACAACAGGCACUACUUCUACUACUAGAUGCGCCAACUUCUCAGAAGGGCGUCACUCUCACUGAGCCAAUUUAUCAGUCUGGUAGGUGUAGCGAGAGCAGAAGAUGACUAAUACCUCUAGUAGUUCUACCACGCAAGGAGAUUAGUCCUCUAGUACUAGUGGAAUAUUACCCCUAGCGCUACCACGCAAAGCCACAGAGAACGACAAUUACCUGUCUAUCAUGCAAGGAGAACAACAUCAAUGCCCUCGACCGCUCACCCCCUGAUACGUGGGUGAGCCAUAAGGCUGGGUAGUCCCUCUGUGGCUGCACACAUUCGCUCGAGGAUAUUACAGGUCAAACUGUGGCUGGACGGCGAAUCAAAUCUACUUAUCCGAUCCUCAUGUACAUAUCCUAUCCAACACAAGACUCUAAUAGUGGCGUCGCGUACGCUUUCCCGUGUCAUUGAUGGUUGCAGAGGAAAAUCUGUGUUGGUUAGCCUAUCCGUCGAAAACGAAGAGAUACGGGAUAAAAGACACAGAUCAGUUAUGAUCAAUUUUUGUUGAUGAAGUAGAUAUAGUUAUAGUAGAGUAGUUUAUAGACGGUGGGAAGGUGGGCACGGUGGGCCACGCUGGGCCGCUGGGCGACCACGCUGGGCACGGUGGGCGAUCGCUGGGCGAUCGCUCGGCGGACGCUGGGCGAACGGUGGGCGAAAGCUUGACGAACUCUUUGCUUGGUGCACCUGGAGGCUACGCGCAGCAUCCACGGCCCUGAUACCACUCAGCACAGCGCGGCGCUGUAUCCUAAGCGAGCAUACUUUUCUGAUCUACCAACCCACAACACACCAUAGCACCGGCGAAGCUGUAUGCGAGAGUGAGUCUUUUAGUAUGUUGAGAGGUCACGCAUGGCUUGUUUGCAGCCUGUGGCAGCGAGCGAAUCGGUCGGCUCAGUCGUCUCAUGGCGAGAAAGAUGCGCUACUUAUUGACUCGCUGUCUUUUAAUUUCGUGUCUCUACUCCUCGGCUAGUGAGUAGUGAUAGAGUUCUUUCCUUUUCGCGCGGCUGGGAGCGAGGUUCGCGGACGUUGCUUGUGAAGGCUCUGGACAAGUGCAUCGCUGAAAGACAUAGAUCUAAGCCGCUACCAGAUGAUAGACACUUGGCGCUAUUCUACUCACUUUAUUUGCCUUGCAACUUGUUGUGGCUCAAGAUUCAAAUACUGCAUGUGCCGGGGGGCUGCAGAAACGGCCGCCCGAAGGGUGCCCCGACUUUUGACCCCUGGCCUCACGGUGGGCGCACGGUGGGCGAAAUAUCUGGCAGAGGACGCGCAUUUGGGUCGCCCAGCGGCCCAGCGUGCCAAGCGUGCCCACCGAUCCAAUUCUGGGAACUCUAUAAACUUCUCUAUUAUAGUGUUGAGAGACCUUACCUCUGACAGUAUAAAUUCAGGAACAGAGGCGACGCGCAUGUAGUUGAUGUCCAUCCAUGUAUGUUGAUGUCUCGAAUGGUGCUUGUCAAUGAUUUGGAGUUUCCUUGAAAUUUCAUGUGAGUCGCUAAAAUGAUCCUGUUUUCGACGAUUUCGAGGGACAAUUCAGAACUUCUAAUAUGCGAUGCUGUGGAUGACGACGAUGAUGAGCAGCAGGAUGAACAGAAAGAGGAUCCAGACCGCAGAAGAAUUCGCAAGCGCUUCAUCCGCAGAGUGGUUGAGGGUGUGAAUGUCCUUUACGGAGCGUCUGAUCAAGGCAGCUCAAUUGCAUUCAAAAGCGAAGUCUUGAUCUAGAUCUUGAAGCAAAUAGAAAAAACAAAUUACAAAUAGAAGUUCUAGAAUAGUAUUCGAAGUCUUGAAAUAGAAUCAAGGAUAGCACUCGAAGUGCUAAGCCUAAGCUAGAAGUACUAGUAGCAUCCUCUAUUUUCUUAGGUCACGUGGUUACUCGGUGUUUGUCACGUCAGUCAUUUCAUUCUCAGUGCUGUCUCUCUUGCCAAACGUUUGGGAACGAAGGGAGGUGAAAAAAUGGAAGCAAGGGUCACUGGUUCGUGCUUUCAUUUUUUUAGCUAUGAGACAUAGUUUAGGACAACUACUUUGAGCUCUAAUAGUACAACAAAGGGGAACAAGAUUCGUGGAAACGUGUUAUCUCCCUCAAAGGGGUGGCAGAUGGAGUGAAGGAGUACCUAAAACAGGAAGAGAAUUCUAGAGCAGGGGACGCAAUGAAACCUAGUGGCGACAAGGCCGACUUCAACGAAUGGUGUGCCCCAUCUCUUCGCGCAGCAACGGUUACGGCCUUCACUUAUAGUAUUAGUAAUGUUUUCUUCGACUUCUUCAGGCGUUCGGCUACCGCGCUUGUUCCCUGGAGGGACGUGAAUACCAAGAAGGAGAAACUCCCCAGAAUCUUCCCAGAAUCUUCCUGCUUCGUAAUCUUUCCAAAAGCUGGCGCAAAAUGGCUUCGUAAUCUUUCCAGAAAAUUACCCCAAACACGACUAGAAAACUUUCUGGAAACUACGAGAACCAGGCGCGCGACUACAACGCGGCACCGCUGCGGUGAUAGAAGUAGAAGUAGAGUGACGAAGAUUUCCACCAUUUCUCUAAAAUUCGAAGGACAAAAUUCCAUUUAGGAAGCCCUAGGAAGGAUGCUUUUGUGGUUGUUUUCAAGCCAGGCUCUAGGGACUUCGAGUGGCGCACCGCAACUGGCAAGAGAACGACGGAAGUACAAAAAGGAAGCACAUCUGGUGGAAGCCGAAAGU